CUCUAUGUAACGCAUGUGGUCUAUUUUUAAAAUUACAUGGUGUUGUUAGACCUUUAAGUUUAAAAACUGAUGUUAUAAAAAAACGUAAUCGUGGGGGUGCUGCUGCUGCUGGAAAAAAUCCAAAUAAGAAUGGUGUUAAAGGUACUGUACAGAUAGGUCAUAGUGGUGCUAGUAUGAGUGUGAUGGGUAAGAGAGUGUCAAUGACAAGUUCAAUGAAUUCCAGACAUCAAGGUGGUUCUAUGAAUACACCUGCCUCAAAUUCUGUUUUAUCUACAUCAGCUCCUACUGCUGCACAUGCACAUUAUAAUGGUGGUUUCGCUAGGCAAAGUAUCCCAGGUGCUGUACCAAAAAGGCAAAGACGUUUUUCAUCAAGCGAUGAACAGCAAUUAUUAAAUGCUCAAAUUCAUCAUCAACCUCAAAUAAGCGAAAUCCAUAAUUUAUUGAAACAUGGUGGUUCAAAUGGUUGCGAGCAACCACCAUCUUUAGCCAGAGCUCAAACGAGGAUGGCUAAUUCAACCGCAUCUUCAAAUGGUUCACAACAGUCUUUACGUCAACUUCAAUCAACAUCAACAUCCUCAUCAUCAUCAAUAUCAAACUCUACAUCAAAGACCGCAACUAAAGUGCAACCACGAUUACACCGAGCUCAUACGACAGCAUCGAUAAUGAAUCAUCCGUCAUCAAAUAAUAAUCCAUCAUCGCCCACGUCCAAUAGCACGGGAAAUACGGGAAAUAAUAACAAUAACAAUAGUAAUAGUAAUAAUAAUUAUAACAGUUGUUCAUCAUCUUCAACGAGACCUCGAUCAUUUUUACCGCCAUCAGUAUACAUGUUUGCAUGGCCUGAUCAUCAAAUGGUUCCAUCCGAUGAUGAUAUGAUGAUUGGAUACUCCACGCGCCCUGGUAUGUUAAUUCAACAUCAACCACAAUCAUCAUUUAGUGAUGAUGAAUCUGUUGGAUCGGAAACGACCAGUAAAGAAACCGCUAUGGAUCUAUAUUAAAUUUAUUAUUUGAUAAAGGGAUGAAGAGAAAUUACUUUUCUUUUUUUUUGGACGAUGGAAUAUUUGGAUCAAAUAAAAUCUUCGCAUCAUUAAGAGACUUUGAUUUCAUUUUUA